AUGUCGGAGCAGCCAGAGGGCGAAGGAAUUUUUAAUCGUCUUUUUAAUGCUGCAGCCCGUGCACGACAGGAGCUGGCAGCGAGAGAAAUGAUGAUUCAACCUUACUCUCCACAACAAGACGACUAUUUCGCCGGCGAGUUCAUCGAGUUCGAGGUAACAUCACCACCCUCUGCCUUGUCCCAGAAUUCAUUCCCACCACUCCUAGCAGUAGAUGAGACCUCACAAGUGGUUUCAGAUCAGGUGGCAUCCACAUCCUCUGCCAUAUCCAUGAAUUCAUUCCCACCACUCUCAAUUGCUCCGGUACAAGAUGAGACCGCGCCUGUGGCUGAGAGUACCCAAGCUCAAAGUGUGGUUGCGAAUCAGGCUCUUCAAGAAUGGCGAGCAAUACGUGCCCAGCAAGACCAGGAGUAUAAUACAAGUUUGUUGGUGGAUCAGGAGAAGGAGAGGAAGAAACUAGUCUAUCAGGCUUGUGAGGAAAGACGUCAAAAGGCUAUUGAGGCUAGACGUCAACGAAUGUCUGCAUGUGAGGAACCCUCAGAUGGGGUGUUGAUCAAAUUUAAAUAUCCAAAUGGACACACCAAUAUGAGGAAAUUCCGUUUGUCGGAGCCAAUCCAGAUCUUGUUUGACUUUGUGGGACAAGAUGAUAUUGCCAGUGAAAUCUUUGUGGUGCAAGAAGCUGCAUCAUCAAGAUCAGUUGAGAGCAGUUGCUCCGGGUCAAUAAUGGAUCAUGGCAUAAAUGCAUCCUCAACUCUAUAUGUGCUUUGGUUUUCAAAUAAGGAUGUACAGGAAAUUCUCUCAGAUCAACAAAAUGAUGGAGCCUAUGCCCUACACCAUACAUCUCAUGGUCAGUCAUCACUGUCUGAGAGCUCCACCCAGCCAAUUCUCUCUGUGCCCUCUUUCCAGCCACCGCUGCCUGAGCCCUCCACCCGCUCAGCGCUGCCUGAGCCCUCCACCCAGCAACCGCUCACUCUGUUCUCACAACCACAAGAAAUCCUGACUCUUUAUGAUGAACCACCACUCUCUCCUUUAUCUGCCCAAGAACCAAUCAUUAUUCUUGAUGAACAAGAUGAGUCGGUUUCACAAAAUCAGUCUCCUGUAUCAACACAUCACCUCGGAGGACCUGUGGAUGAGAUUGAUCUACAGACCAUAUUGAAAAAAAUGGUCAGCAAAGUUGAUGGAAGAUUCUGUCCAACAAGCAACCAAAUAAAUGUGUGCAGGGAUAAUGUUUUACUGUGUAGCCUGCGGGCAUUCAAUCGUAGGUUCUUCAACCCUGAAGCAAAAUUGGAUGUUGUGUUUGUGGAUGAAGAUGACAAUGGUGAAGGGGCAGUUGACGAAGGCGGCCCGACAAGAGAGUACCUAAGGCUGUUGAUGAGGGCCGUCCACCAGUCAAAUAUCUUUGAGGGACAUGAGAAAGACCGGCAGUUGUCUCUUGAUACUCAAGCUUUGCAGACUAAACUUUACAUGUGGGUGGCAAAAAUGAUUGCUGUGUGUGUGGUCCAUGGAGGAGUCGGUCCACAUUUCUUCUCCGAAAGGCUUUUCCAUCAAAUCUGUGGGAUACCAACACCCCUGGCCACGGUGGAUGAAGUUGGUGACCAUACUUUCAGGGAACAGUUAAUAAAAAUACAGGAAGCAACAACAGUCCGAGAGGCGAACAGUGCAAUUGCAGAGGCAGCAGAUAGUCUCAGCAUUAUAGGUGCCUUAAGACAUGUGUCCAGCCUGGAGGAGAAGGACUCCCUUGUCCAGUCAGCUGCAGACUUCUUCGUCAAUGGAAGAUUGGCGACUGCCCUGGACCAGUUUGUUGAGGGGUUAAAAACCCUUGGUUUACUGGAGGAGCUGAGGAAGAAUCCGGCAGUGUUCUACAACAUGUUUGUCAGUGAGGAGAUUCCACUACAGGCGAAGGACCUAUGCACUUUAUUUGACUUGUACUUCUCUGUGCAAGGCAGCAACAGGAGAGACCGAGAAAACAUGACAAUAUGCUUUUGGCGUGACUGGUUAAUUGAUAUUGAAGGUAUACUAUUUAUUGUACAAGUUAUAAUAACAUGGACUUCAUAAGUACAAUUAUUAGUGGUCCUUUUGUUGUCCUGGUUGGGAGGAAAAUAAAUGCUGAUAAUGCCAUAGUUGAAGUGACAUUGUGAAGUCUGGUUGUUUGAACGUGGGUAGCUCCC